AUGGCGCACGCUGGCGUUGCCAAGGGCGUGGUCGGAGACCUUUUCGCCCUCUCCUCUGAUCUCCCGGCGGCCACGAGGUCGGGGUCUGUGUCGGGUUCCUCUUCGACCUCCCUGUCAUUCGUGUCCACCACAAAGAAGGGGACUGGCCUUGUCGCUCCCGUUGCUGGAUUACGCGCAAGAGUAGUCUCUACUCUGGCUUCCGCGUCCCGUCUCAGGGUUUCGGCUUCCUCGGCCGUCGCAUCCGAGAAGCCAGCGACGGUGCCCGAGAUCGUGCUGCAGCCGAUUAAGGAGAUCUCCGGAGUCGUCAAGCUCCCCGGUUCCAAAUCGCUGUCGAAUCGGAUACUGCUCCUGGCGGCACUUUCCGAGGUGAUUAGUUUAAGUUUCUCGUGUUCGGAUUAUUCACUUUCUAGAUUUAUCUAUUAGUGUGAUAUAAGUCGUAGAUAACUUUUUAAAGUUGGAUUCCUUGAUUUGCGUGUUAAUUCACUUGAAAAAGACGUGCUGCCAGUAAAUGUGCUUCUUCCGAUUCUCUUUACACUCUCUCUUUCUUCUUGUUAGAUUUGGGACAAGUCUACUAGUGAUCAGAAGUGUACUUAUUUUAGCUUUUUGAAUACUUUGGGAAGAAUGGUAUCUCUCUCUGGACAUGAAUUAACGCCAGUCUGUCGAGUUUUUCAUCAACAUGUGGGAUGGUCACCAGUCAGUAGAGACUGUUGGCUACAUACGGAAAAAAAUGUUUAUAUUUCACGUAUCCAUGCCUGCAGCCUCUGCCAUCAUGGUUAGCUUUUUUUCCGUGUAUUUAUAAAAUACUUAGAUGUGCUCAAUCCAAUCAGGGAUCAUUCAGUCUGUAUCAUAUUUGUUUUAAAAAAAAAAAAUGCAAUGUUCACCAAUACGCCUUCUAACUUAUGAACAUGACUGCAGAGAUAUUUUGCCUAUGAAGUACAUUGGUUGAUCAAUGCACAUAAUGGUGGUUACACAGAAUUUUUAAUAUCAAUUUUCAUUUCACGUUGAUGUUUGAUAGAGUAUUCACACUCAGAUCAGGUUAUAUGCAGAAACCAUUCUUAAUACCUACCAUGAGCUUUUGCUACUAUCUUUUACAUAUUCUUUCUUUUGGUGAAUCAGUAAAUAUUAUUUUAUAUCUAAUUUUGAUUUGAUCUGAAUGUUAAUAUUUUUCUGUAUCAUAAUUUUUUUUUUUCUUUCUUGUAUUGUAACCGUGUGGAGGUUGAAAUAGUGCUUAACGUUGUAUUGUGAAGAAAGUUUGAUUGUAAUAAUCUCGUUUUGAGUAGUCGUGAGCAUCUUUGCGAAAUAGUUUGUUCCAUCAUCUUCCAUCAGAAUUUGUCAGACAUAUAUCUUCUGCAGUUAUAUAUGUGUGUUGUUGGCGAUCUGAAUGUUACAAUUCUGCUAGAUCAUUGGUAAUUUUUUGUAUCCUUUCCUUCAAACCACAUGGAUGUUGAAAUAUUUCUCUGGCUUUGUUCCGAGGAGUUUAAUGCAGCAAUCAGUGCGCUCUAUCUUUCUCGUAACGUGCUGUUAUGAGUUUAUUUUUUCUCUUCUCAUGCUUGAUCUGAAUAGUAGUUGUAUAUUUUCAGGGAACUACUGUCGUGGAAAACUUACUAUACAGUGAUGAUGUUCAAUAUAUGCUUGCUGCAUUGAAAACACUUGGCCUGGAUGUGGAGGAUGAUAGUGCUUUAAAAAGAGCAGUGGUUGGCGGCUGUGGAGGCCAGUUUCCGGUUGGAAAUAAUGCCAAUGAGGUCAAGCUUUUUCUGGGGGGAAUGCUGGGACUGCAAUGCGUCCACUGACCGCUGCAGUUACUGCCGCUGGUGGAAACUCAAGGUUUCGAAGCUUCUUCAAUGGAUAUUUCUCGUUGUGACGCAUUUGGCUCUUUUUUCCCCAACAUAAUUUGCAUUUAUUUUAUCCAGAUAUAUACUUGAUGGGGUUCCGAGGAUGAGGGAGAGGCCAAUUGGAGAUUUGGUUGAUGGCUUGAAGCAACUUGGUGCGGAUGUUGAUUGCAUCUUGGGUACUAACUGCCCUCCUGUUGUUAUAAAUGCGAAUGGAGGGCUUCCAGGUGGAAAGGUCAGCUUUGUCUCAAUCCUCUUUUCUUUCCGGGUGUCAGAGUCAUGUGUGAUGAACACGAAUGCGAAGUAAUGAUUGUGAACUUUCGAUAAUACUGUCUGUUAUUCCCAUCCCUGGUUCAUCCAAUCCUAGAUUGCCAUCUUGUUGAAAAGGAAAAUUAUUCUCAGAUUUGUCGAAACACUUGAUGCCCGUAUUUUAAUCUGGUUGUGUUUAGCUUGUUCUAACCGGAUCUUGGGAAAAAAAAAACUCCUUCACCAUCGUUCAAGUAACACAGUGCUCUCUUACUACUUUCUGCGUUGUCGUCAAUCACUGAAACGUACCUUUGUAUGAUGCAUUAUUGGCACUCUUUGCUUUCUACUUUCCAUAUCUGAUGAAAGGCGACUUCAAUAAACCGCACUGUUGCCAUCAGUGUGAUUGCUUGAUAGAGACAUCAUGUUCUUGUGGGAAUAGUAGCAUGCUUAGCUUGAAUAUUUUAUAUGACAAUGAAAAACGCACUCUUGCAUUUUCCUUCUUUUUCGGUUUUUAAUAUUUUCUCCACUCAUCUUUUCUUCCACUUUGUUCUAAAAAUUGGGGUUUGAGCUAAACUUGUGUGGGGUUCAAAGAGUUUGACUUGAAUCCACCAUUCCUGAAGCUCAUGACUACGCCUUCGUCUAUCAAGCAUUGUUUCCUAGUAUUCCUUGAAAGAUAUGGGGAAUUAUUAAAAAAAGGAAAUAGCUGAUUAGAGUAGGAAUAUAUUAAAUCUACUUACAGUCAUAGAGUAGAUGUAUUCUGUGUGUUCCGUUCCGGGAGUCAUACAAAAUAAUCCCAUCGAUUUCUAUAAGAUUACUCUCUACAGAAUUACACUGUCAAAUGGUGAAACAUAUCUAUGUUCAUCGCAUUCUUACGCUUUUCCUUGACUAGAAGGUUUUUAGACCCCAUAUUUCUUUCGCUCGCAGCUUUUUCAAUUUUCUUUACUUUUCUCACUCUUCCAGGUCAAGCUUUCCGGAUCAAUCAGCAGCCAAUAUUUGACCGCACUCCUCAUGGCCGCUCCACUGGCUCUGGGGGACGUGGAGAUCGAAAUCAUCGACAAGCUAAUCUCCAUUCCUUACGUUGAGAUGACACUGAAACUCAUGGAGCGCUUUGGAGUCACCGUUGACCACAGUGACAGCUGGGACCGCUUCCUGGUCAAGGGUGGCCAGAAGUACAAGUACGUGCCGCCACGGAUUUCUUCUUCUGGGAUCUUCAUCCGUCUAAUUUCCCACGCCAAAACCCCCGCAGGUCUCCGGGAAACGCCUUCGUCGAGGGCGACGCCUCGAGCGCCAGUUAUUUCCUGGCUGGCGCAGCCGUCACUGGUGGCACCGUCACCGUCGAAGGCUGCGGCACGAGCAGCUUGCAGGUACGACUUAGCAGUGAUCCCAUACUUGGAAAAGUUCUUCAGCUAAAUUUUAUCAGGGUAAUCGUACUUAUGUACAUCAAAACCCGCUCUUGAUCUCGCCGUAGGGAGACGUGAAAUUCGCCGAAGUUCUUGAGAUGAUGGGCGCAAAGGUGACCUGGACGGAGAAUAGCGUCACCGUCACCGGCCCCCCGCGGAGCGCUUCCGCCGGGAAGCACCUGAAGGCAGUCGACGUUAACAUGAACAAGAUGCCCGACGUUGCCAUGACGCUCGCCGUCGUCGCCCUCUUCGCCGACGGCCCGACGGCCAUCCGAGACGGUAACACCUCCCGGGAUGAAGCCCACUUUCUCUCUCAACAUUACUCUUUCUCUCAUCGUCUCUUUCCCCUCCGUAAUUCUUGGUGCUCAGUGGCUUCUUGGAGGGUGAAGGAGACGGAGCGGAUGAUUGCCAUCUGCACAGAACUCAGAAAGGUACAUGCGAGGACAGUCUACAGAUCACUUCUUGCUCGGAAGAACUAGAUUUCGAUUUCCUCUUCGGCAAUGAUUUAUGUAUUCUAUCUUUUGGGGGCCUUCUCCAGCUGGGAGCGACGGUGGAGGAAGGGCCGGACUACUGCGUCAUCACCCCGCCGGAGAGACUAAACGUGGCGGCGAUCGACACGUACGACGAUCACCGGAUGGCGAUGGCCUUCUCUCUCGCCGCCUGCGCAGACGUCCCCGUCACUAUCAAAGAUCCCAGCUGCACGCGGAAGACCUUCCCGGAUUACUUCGAGGUCCUCCAGAGAUUCACGGAGAACUGA